AUGGCCGAGCCACUGGAUGAAGAAGAAGAAGAACAACAGCUAAUAGAUUUCGCCAUCCGAAGAAGUCUUCAGGACAGCACUGUACCCAUGUGUACGAAGUGGAGUAUGACAGAAACAGCAAGCGAUGAAAAUCUGAAGAUUUUAGCAGCUAUAGACCAAGGUGACUUGGACACAUUGCAGGGACUGCAGGGGAAAAGCAGCGGCUUUAACGAGACGGACAGGAGGGGUCGGUUUCCCUUUCACAGAGCCUCAGUGCAGCCAAACUCGGAGAUCCUGGACGCUGUUCUACAGGCGUCCCGUGAGUUGAGCGUAGAGGAAGUUACAGCUGACGGUGAGACGGCGCUGACGCUCGCUGCCCAGGCUGGAUGUGUGGAGAACGUGAAGGUGCUGCUGCAGCAUGGCGCGUCCCCGCACAACACAAACAGCAAAAACGAGACGCCACUCCUGCUCGCGGUCAGGGUUUGCUCCUAUGACAUGGUCCUGAGUCUGAUAUCAGGCGGGGCGUCUGUGGAGCAGGUGUGUCUGAAGAAGUGGACAGCCACUCACGAGGCGGCCAAGGUGGGCUGUGCCGACAUCCUGAUGUUGCUCCUGAGGCACGGCGGAAAGGUCACGGUUCGGGACGGACACGGUGUCACACCGCUGGGAGUCGCCGCUGAGUAUGGCCAUCCCGACAUCUUGGAAAUCCUCAUUCGAAACAGGGGUGAUGUCUUGGCACGGGCCAGUAACGGAGACACGGUGCUAUAUGAUGCCGCCGGCUCGGGAAACCUUGAUUGUAUCCUCCUUCUUCUUCAUCACGGUGCAAACCCUAACGUGGCCAGUUUGGCCUUUCAGCUUCCCAUUCAUCGUGCUGCAUAUGAAGGCCAUUAUUUGGCUCUGAAAACAUUUAUCCCUAUCACGACUAAGAGGGCCAUACGCCAGUCUGGGAUGAGUCCGGUGCACUCGGCGGCAGACGGAGGUCACGCUUCCUGCCUGAAUUUACUCAUCGAAAAAGGCUUUGAUGUCAACAGUCUUCUGGGUGACCACAUUUCCGACCACUACGUCGACAUGAGGAAGACGCCGCUGUAUUUUGCAGUGUGCAACAACGACGUGACGUGUACUGAAAUGCUGCUGGAGGCAGGGGCGAACCCUAACCUCGACCCUCUGUUCUGCCUCCUCGUAGCGGUCAGGGCCAGCCACUAUGAACUUGUGCGGCUGUUGCUGGCCCACGGCGCGAACGCGAACUGCUUCUUCACAGCCGUCUGUGACACAGUGUUCCCUACAGCUCUACAGUACUGUCUCCACGAUGAAAUGAUGAUGCGCUUAUUACUCAACAACAGCUAUCGUGUUGAGAGCUGCUUUCAGUGCGAGCACAGAUUUUGCAUUUCUGCACAGAGCUACACGGCGACCGGUGACACUGGCAACAAAGUGACGUUUUGUGAUUUCAUCAGUGUGACCUGGCUGAAGCACCUGGUUGGCAGAGUUGUGCGAUCUCUCCUAGACUAUGUCAAGCACAUUCCCAUCUGCCCCAAACUGCAGCAGAUCCUAGAGAUGCAAAAGGAGUGGCCUGAAAUCUGUGACAUUCUCAGAAACCCACGCACUCUCCAGCACCUGUGCAGACUGGUUAUAAGGAAGAAGAUAAACCUGCGGAGACUAAACAACCCCAGAUUCAUGGGUGUGCUGUCUUUCCCUUCUGCACUAAAGAACUACUUGAUCUACAAGGAAUACGACCUGUAUGGAAAAAUGUAAAAUUGAAUUGCUGUAUAAUAUAUUAAAUGUAGCUUUAUUAUGUAUUAUAGUAUGAUGUAUGAUUUUAGGUACUUUUUACUACUAUUGUUUUUCUACUAGAUUAUUAUUUAAUAUGCAAAGCUGGUUGAGACAUCCCCCAAAAGACUUACAGCUGUAAUUGUAAUGAAAGGUGAUAAUCUACUGUAAGUACUGACUCAGGGGGCUGAAUACAAAUGCAUGCCAUACUUUUCUGAUUUCUGUUUGUAAAAAAAUUGAAAACCAUUUAUCAUUUUCCUUCCAUUUCACAAUCAUG